AUGCAUGUUAGGCUUGCGACUCACGAUGAUGUUGCAGAAAUUGCAACUGUUCCUGUCUCUGCAUAUGAGGAUGAUCCACAAGAUGCGUAUAUGUAUCCACGACGUUUCAACUAUCCACAAUUAUACAUCAAGGCCAAGGCCAGCAUUGCCCGCAGUGCUUUAGAGGAUACUACUGCGACGCUGAUUGUGGUGACCCUCGAUGAAACGGAUAAUUAUUGGGAUGGUACUCCGACAAUCGUAGGAUUUUGUAUUUGGUAUCGCGAGACCGAAUAUGCACAGGAGGCACCUGACGAUCAAGAUGGGAAGGAUCAAGGCGGAUCGAUCUUCUCAGCAAUCAAAAGCUACGUUCUGGAAUCCGAGAUUGUGGAUUAUUUGUCUGAUUUGGCCAAUCCUAUCCUGAGCGCAUCACAUUCAAGAGCAAUGGCCCAGAUAUGUAGUAAACCAGACUCACAGCAGUUCGUGGACGGCUACGAAAAGCCCAGAUAUUAUCACGGAGUGCUAGAUAUUGGAGUUGAUAAGGGUUUUCAAGGCCGAGGUGUUGCACGACUGUUGAUGGAAUGGGGCAUGAACAGGGCUAGGACAGAAAACCUUCCAGUUUAUCUGUCUGCAACGCCGGCGGGGAAACCGCUCUAUCUUAAACUCGGAUUCCGGACAAUUGGAUAUUGGAUAUGGCGACCAAAUCAACCGGAAAAAUGGGAUAUUAUGCAAUGGGACCCUUAG